GUACAUGUUAGCAGUCGACCUUUCACUCUAGUCACUCCUCAGCUGCAAUGUGCGGCGUCUCCUAGCAACAGAGACCUGUUUACCUGCAAAACCACAACAACUGAACAACCACCUGGAGUUACAGCACUGUGCACAUGCCCAGAGGACUUUUGCCAUCCAUCACUGUUGUCAGCGAGCGUUUCCAUUACAGCAGUCACAGAUGGCUGAGCAGGGGAGGAUGGUCACGCCGACUGUUGGAGCAACAGGCAGCAGGGGACGACUGACCAGCAACACAGUCAAACGCUACAACACUUAUUAUGACCCCGGCAGGGUGAACUUCACUUCCUAUUUCGGACGUCCCGGCAUGUCAGGCUUCACAUCAAACCAGAGACCAGCCAUAUAUUACAGGCCCAGUUUGGACCUCAUUGACAACCCUCCGUUUGGACUCCUGUUAUCUGACAGUUUCACGUCUCAAACUAAACUACACUUCCAGCCUCACAUCCGGUCGGAUUAUUCGGGGUCUUUGCCAAACGUCAUGAACAAACCCAGAGACAGCGCCUUCCAGCGGAGGAAUCGUCCGAAAACAGUGACUGUGGUGGGAAAGUCAGAAUACCAAAGAAUAUUUGUGCCACAUCGUCUCACACCAACAGUUACCCAGAGACAUGUGAUUGUGGGUCCAAGAGGAGAAAGUGGUUUCACAGAGGGAACCAACCUUCAACUAAUCACAUUUCGGGACAAACAUAACUGCCUGGUUGAACCUCUCCAGACUCGCAGCUCAGUGACGAAAAGUGACUUCAUUCCACCAUCAUUUCUGCAGGGCACUGAGGCGAGACCGUGCAGCAGCUAUUUUUCUCGAGAAUCAGGAUUCACUCGAGGUGCCAGCGCUCCCUUGGCCUGCCCGGCCUCCCUUCUGCCCUCACAACUACAGACUAAAAGUAAUGCUCCAACUGAGACGACCAUUGGAAAAAAGGAACCAUCAGGGCAUCUUCGCAAUGCUUCAAACAACCAGGCUUUCCCUAACACACCGUUUGAUCGUUCACACUUCAGCUCACAUUAUAGAAGCACGAUUUGUCGUGAUGCUGAAAGGCGGAAAUCUGGCCACACUUGUGCAGAAAACAUCAGCGCAAAAAUGGACAGCAGCUACAAUCAUCGAGGAAUGGACAGGUUCAUCUUAAGGGGCUAGAGCUUCACACACCUGAGAAGGUACCUGCACGACUAAAAAUAAAAUGUGGGGUUUCUUGUUAACACA